CUAGCUCCUUAUAAACACAUUGAUCUACUACUACAAGUGAGUUUAGAGAGAGAGCCUCAUCAUAUAAUCUCUUCUCUUCUCUUCUCUUCCCUAUCUUUUAAUUUCUUCCACAUUUUCUUUUCCUUAAUCACUUUUCAUCAUAUAAUGUCAAGAUCAGUGACAGAACCCCUAAGUGUAGGAAGAGUGGUGGGAGAUGUGGUGGACAGUUUUGUCCCCAGUGUAAAAAUGACUGUCUUUUACAACAACAAACAAGUUGUUAAUGGCCAUGAGUUCACUCCUUCCCUUAUUAUGUCAAAACCUCGAGUCGAGAUUGGUGGAGAAGAUAUGAGAACAUCUUAUACACUUAUAAUGACAGAUCCGGAUGCCCCAAAUCCUAGUGAUCCGUACUUAAAAGAACACCUUUAUUGGAUGGUCACAGACAUUCCUGGCACAACUGAUGCAUCAUUUGGAAAGGAAAUUGUGAGCUAUGAAGCUCCAAAACCGAUGCUGGGAAUCCACAGAUUUGUAUUUAUCUUAUUCAAGCAGAAUGGAGGAAGACAGACAGUGAGACCUCCAGCUAUAAGAGACUAUUUCAGUACAAGGGUUUUCUCCCAGGACAACAAUCUAGACCUCCCAGUUGCGGCAGUUUACAUCAACGCACAGAAAAAACCUGCUGCUAGAAGAAGGUCAUAAAUUAUUCAUUAGAAUAAUUUAUGUAUGUGGUGCCUCAAGAACAACAAAGAGAAAAAUCAUUUUCUUUUUCUUUUGGUCUUGGUCUAAGUUAAACAAAAAGUGUCUUCUUGGGUCAAAAUAAUCAAUAUUUGAUCUUUUUAAUUUACUGGUUUUAUUUAUGAUUUGGCAUUUGGGUCUUGUAAGAGAACUACCUUAAAAAAAAUAAAAAAAAAAAGGUUUUGCUUGUUUGUCUCCCUUCAUGUUGGAUGUGAUGUUUUUAUCGAAGAGAAACUGAUCAAGAA